CGCGCGGAGGGGCCGGGCCGGGCCCUUCCUGCGCCGGGAGCCGCGGGAGCGGGAGCGGCCAUGGGCCCGCAGCGGGACUAGCGGGCACCCGGCCGGCCGCUAUGGCCCUCAGCGGAGCUCCGGGCUGCCGCGCCGGGGACCGGGGGCCCCGCUGGAGGAGGCCCUGGAAGCUCCUGGCCCUUGGCCUGCUCUCCGCCUCCUCCGUGCUGGCGGCCGCCCCGGGCGCCGGGGCCAUGAGCAGGGAGGAGAAGCGCCGGCUGGGAAAUCAAGUGCUUGAAAUGUUUGAUCAUGCAUAUAGCAAUUAUAUGGAGCAUGCAUACCCAGCUGAUGAACUCAUGCCUUUAACUUGUCGUGGACGAGUGCGGGGUCAGGAGCCAAGCCGAGGGGAUGUGGACGAUGCCUUGGGAAAAUUUUCACUGACCUUAAUUGAUACCUUGGACACUCUUGUGGUGUUAAAUAAAACCAAAGAGUUUGAAGAGGCCGUAAAAAAAGUAAUAAAGGAUGUUAAUUUAGAUAAUGACAUAGUUGUAUCCGUCUUUGAAACCAAUAUAAGAGUCCUUGGAGGUCUCCUAGGUGGGCACUCAGUGGCAAUUAUGCUGAAAGAAAAAGGUGAAUAUAUGCAGUGGUACAAUGGUGAACUCCUGCACAUGGCAAAGGAACUGGGCUACAAGCUUUUACCUGCUUUUAACACCACUAGUGGUCUCCCUUAUCCACGAGUUAAUUUAAAAUUUGGUGUAAGACAUCCAGAAGCACGAACAGGAACAGAAACUGAUACCUGUACAGCUUGUGCUGGUACMUUGAUCCUUGAGUUUGCAGCUUUAAGCAGAUUCACAGGCACAUCUAUAUUUGAGGAAUAUGCCCGGAAGGCACUGGAUUUUAUCUGGGAGAAGAGGCAGCGCAGCAGCAACUUAGUGGGGGUCACCAUCAACAUCCACACCGGAGACUGGGUCCGCAAAGACAGUGGAGUUGGAGCAGGAAUAGAUUCAUACUAUGAAUAUUUAUUAAAAGCCUAUGUCUUGCUGGGAGAUGACAGUUUCCUGGAAAGAUUUAACACGCACUAUGAUGCUAUAAUGAGRUACAUCAGCCAGCCACCUCUUCUCCUUGAUGUUCACAUUCACAAACCAAUGCUGAAUGCUCGGACCUGGAUGGAUUCCCUCCUAGCUUUCUUCCCUGGGUUGCAGGUGCUGAAGGGUGAUAUUAGACCUGCUAUUGAAACACAUGAGAUGCUGUAUCAGGUUAUAAAAAAGCAUAACUUUCUUCCAGAGGCAUUCACAACAGACUUCAGAGUUCACUGGGCACAGCACCCUCUGAGGCCUGAAUUUGCUGAAAGUACCUAUUUCUUGUAUAAGGCUACAGGAGACCCAUACUACCUAGAAGUAGGAAAAACCCUCAUUGAAAACUUGAACAAGUAUGCCAGAGUUCCCUGUGGGUUUGCUGCAAUGAAGGAUGUUCGCACAGGAAGUCAUGAAGACAGGAUGGACUCGUUCUUCCUGGCYGAGAUGUUUAAAUAUCUGUACCUGCUCUUUGCUGAUAAGGAGGACAUGAUUUUCGACAUUGAAGAUUACAUCUUCACUACAGAAGCUCAUCUGUUGCCACUGUGGCUCUCCACUACAAACCAAACCAUCUCCAAAAAAAAUACAACCACGGAGUACACAGAGCUGGACGACAGCAACUUUGACUGGACCUGUCCCAACACCCAGAUCCUCUUCCCRAAUGACCCCAUGUUUGCCCAGAGCAUCCGUGAGCCUCUGAAGAAUGUGGUGGAUAAGAGCUGUCCCCGGGGCAUUUCCAGAGCAGAAGAGAGUUUGGGAAGUGGACCAAARCCACCAUUGAGAGCCAGAGAUUUCAUGGCCAGUAAUCCUGAGCACCUGGAGAUCCUGAAGAAGAUGGGAGUCAGUCUGAUCCACCUGAAGGAUGGACGAGUACAGUUAGUGCAGCACGCAGUGCAGGCAGCAAGUUCCCUGGAUGCUGAGGAUGGCUUACGGUUCAUGCAGGAGAUGAUUGAGCUCUCCAGUCAACAGCAGAAGGAGCAGCAGCUUCCUCCCCGUGCUGUGCAGAUCGUUUCCCAUCCCUUCUUUGGCAGGGUGGUGCUGACUGCUGGGCCUGCACAGUUUGGGAUGGACUUGUCCAAGCAGAAAGCCGGGACAAGAGGAUUCGUUGCAACCAUUAAGCCAUAUAAUGGAUGCUCAGAGAUCACUAAUCCUGAGGCAGUGAAAGAGAAAAUUGCUUUGAUGCAGAGAGGCCAGUGCAUGUUUGCUGAAAAGGCACGAAACAUUCAGAAAGCUGGAGCAAUAGGAGGCAUUGUCAUUGAUGACAAYGAAGGCAGCAGCAGUGACACAGCCCCGCUCUUCCAAAUGGCUGGGGAUGGCAAGAACACAGACGACAUCACCAUCCCCAUGCUCUUCCUGUUCAACAAGGAAGGGAACAUCAUCCUGGACGCCAUCCGCGAGUACGAGGCUGUGGAGGUGCUCCUUUCUGACAAAGCGAAAGACCGAGACUUGGAAAUGGAGAAUAUGGACCAGAAAUCGUCUGAAAAUGAUUCACAGAAACCAAAUUCCAAGGAAGCUCUUUCAGAAUCUCAGGAUGCUGGAGCAGGCAGUGAGAAGCCYGAAGGAGGAGCAGAGAGCUCUGCUGUUGAUGCUGCGGAUCCUUCGCCCCCUGCCAGCUCAGAUAGUGCUGGAUCUUCUGCAGCACAGGAGGAUCCCCACACAGCUCCRGGGCCAGUAUGCACACCAGGGGACAGCCAGCCUCAGGAACAGCCCCCACACACAGAGGCUAGCUCCAACACUCACUGGGACAGCAAAGUCCAGCCUAUGGAAUCCAUAUUAGCAGACUGGAAUGAAGAUAUAGAAGCAUUUGAAAUGAUGGAAAAGGAUGAACUAUGACUUGUAAUAAUAACUUAUUUGUUAAUAAACAAAUGGAGACCUCUUCGGGUAGAAGUGAGGCCCUGAUAUCCGAGAAAACAUAUUCAGUAUUGGGAUGAGCAGCCAGGUGUCACMUGGAGAACACCAUAGAAUUCCAGCACAUGCCCUCUGUAUUUUUUAGUUUUUCCUGUUUAAGGAUGGGAACGUGCAAUGUGCAAUCCAAGCAUCAUGGUGGCCCUGGGACUGGGGGGCCCAGCCCGACUCCUGUGUUCCAGGCUCCAGGUGCACUCCCUGGGGCAUUCCCUGGGGCGCUCCUGGGCUCUGGGAUGCAGGAGCUGAGCAGAGUGGGCUGACAGACCCCAUCAAUGGCCCUCUCAGCAGCAGGGGAAUUGUUUCCAGUGUUGGCACAGCUGGAAGCAGCCUGGUCCUGUCUGACAUAUCACCGUGCUGCUCCUCUCUCUGCACCCUUUGUGACCACSGGGAGCUUCCUUCCAUCCCUCCCUGCUGCUGUGCUCGCAGCUGGAGGAGUUGUGCAAACCAAAGKCAAGGUGUGAGCAUGUCCCCUCAGGGAGCUGGGCCAGCCUGGGGCCACCAGGAGGAGGUGAGGGAAGGUCCUGCUGGAGCUGAGGGGAAGCAGACGGGGCAGGUGGGGAGUCCCAGGUGUUCCCCUUGGCUCCCAGGUGUGCCCCAAGACACGGAAYAGUCUCUGAAAGGACACAGCUCCAGCAGCUGGAACAAAACCUUUUUCUACAAGUUUGACUUCAACAGCUUGAAUCCAUUGUUCUUUCGAUAUGCAACUCCUGUGUGUGCUGUUUGAGGCAGGGAGGCCAGUGCCAGUAGGGAAGGGCAGCAGUUCUGCCUGUUGGCUCCAUAGUUCAGAGUCCAGGGCUGUUAUUCCAGGCUCUGGAGUUGGUUACAGGUAAGUGUCAGUCCUAAUUUGUUAUCCCCAUUAUAUUUAGGUAAAAAUGGGGAAGUUUAAACAAURUUAGAGGCAUUUUGACUGUGUCCAAAGAAACUGCCAAAAAUGAAUUAUCUUGAUUUAUAUAAACUGCUUUUAGUGAAUUGUGGUUCAAGGAAUUGUUUUAUAUUAAAGACUAAAUGAACACUGCCUAUAUGCUGCACCAGGCUAAAAAUGAAGGUUUAUAUUCAUCAUUGCAAUGGAAUAAAUAAACAGCAAGCCCCACUCUGAACUGCACCUUUGAUUUAGCUGGUGAAAUGACAUGUGCUGAAUAUGCAAUUGUUAAUUAGCACAGCCAUACGCUGUAUUUAUCCUCUGUACAGUGAGCAGAGCAAUCCCAGACAAUGUUGAAUCCAUGUACUCAGCCACACUUGCUUUCAAAAGUCUCAGAAUGCACAAGCACCUUUUGAGAGCAUGGCAGUCCAUCCAAAUAUCAUCCAGAACUUUCAAUCACCAGGGUAGGAGUGGAUUUGAGGAGGAACAGUGGCUAAGUGUCCUUUGAAAGAAAUUAGCUUUUAAAUGGAGUUGUUCCUUUGCACAAAGAAAUGUCCGGAGGGUUGGACUUGAAGCAGCUGGGGAAUGUUUUUAUUUAUGGUUUUGUUGCAUGAGUUUCUUCCUAGAAAGCAUUUGACCAUGGGAGCCUUGCAAGUGUCCCUUGGAGCCCUGGGAGCACCAGGACCUGGCCGAGUGCAGAUCAAACCAUCAGGUGCAGAUCAAAUACUUUCACUCAGACAAUUCCUUUGAUCUGCCAGUGCUCAGUGCCACAAAAGGAGCACUUUUGUUCCCAUGCUCUUUGACAUGGACAUCAUCUUCCUUCUUUGGUAGCUCUUUUGGUGGAAAUAGAGUUAUUUUUAUAUCCUAGAGGCCUCUGGUCAUUACUCUCUCAAUAUAGCAGCUAAAGGUUUUCUUUUUUUACUUAGGUGUAGAUGUCAAAUUUUAUUAAAUGGUUACCCUUCCUUGCCAUCACCAGCUCAUUUUUAGUAACUGCUUUCUCCACACCUGUUAGUAGAGCAGCAGGCAUUACCUUUUCAGGGAUUUCCAAGGAUCCCUGAACUGUGUAGGGAUUUAGGGCAGCAUUUUGGUGGUGGCCUACCUCAGCUARCUGUUGCCUCCUUCCUUUGGGGUGGUUUUUGUUCCAUUUAGUUCUGCUUCACCUUUGAAACCAUCACGAGAGCCAUAGCUUUGUUUACAGAACUGAAUCAGGCAAGGUUGACCUUUUGGGAAAGAGGAUUAAAGUAGGGGGGACAGUUUUAUUCAGGUUAUUUUCACUUUGUGUUUCCUUAUGAGGACAUAGGCUUUAGCUUAACUUCUUCAUAUCAUUUUGGAAAGAAUUCAGUUUCCUGUUACUGUCAUCUUAAAAGGCAAAAAGAAUGUAUUMAUCAAAAAAGAAAAACCCUUUUGGAAAGGGGAGCAAGUGUUCUUCCCAGAUGUUUGGAAGUCUGCUCCCUACACAUGGAAUAUCGCUGGUAGAUGGUUAAUCAGGAAUCACCCUUCGUGUAGCAUUGUACAUUUCUCUAUGGUAUUGAACACUGAAGAAUUCAGGAAUCACAGCUGCAAUAGCACUUAUGCCAUGCCAUGUAACUCAGAUCAGCCAAUUAAUUUCUCAUUUGAUCUUGGAGGAACCUUCUUAAUUGUUUACAUUUAUUGUUUCUUAAUGAAGUUUGAGAAUGAGCCCGGCUUUGGUUCUCCUCCUGCCAGUGUCCCUGAGUAGGCAYCGACGAGUGUGUGUCGAGAGGUGAGAAACACAACAUCUUAUGCAACAGGCAUCAGUCAGAACAUAGAGAACAAACCAUUCUGUGAAUGAAAAUUGUAUGUUCAGAUUUUAUAAGAUUUUUGGUUUUGGUGGUUUGUUUUUUUUUUUUUAGCCAGACCAAUUUACAGCCGUCUAUUUUCUUAUGGAAGAUGUCUAAUAACAGGUGCUGUAACACCGUUGUUGGGUUUUACUMUCUGGUGGUCAGUGUACACAGUAUUUCUAAGGGCAACUAUGUACUGUGAUGUAAAAGUCUGGGCUAAAAUGUACAUAAUCCAUGUACAUAAUUGUGUACUUGAUUAUAACUGCUGAUUGUAAAGAUUUAAUAAAAUGUAAAUAUUCUGGUCAGGCCGUGCUGAGCUGGGCUCAUUUCUG